GCGAUGGUCGUCGGGAUUCCCAUGAAAUUCUCAUGCUCAAAAGGUUGUGGCCAAAUACGUACAUAAUUGGAGAUUUUUACAUGCUAAUUAAUAAAAAAAAGUGGGGGGACCAUGUAGCAAGCAAGAAAUGGCUGAAAUAAAUGUGAAAAAGAAGAAAACUGAGUAAUGAUGGCGUAUCAUCAUAGCUGCAUGUGCACCCUUCUUAUCACUUAUAUAUUAUAAGCCACAUUACUUUAUCGUUUAUAAACUUGCCAUUACAAGAAAAGCCCUGUGCCGGAGCUCGGAUGAAGUUCCUCCAGCCAAGCUGAGCUGCUCGGCCAUGAGCGAAGUGGAUGCCCGUUCGUGCUGCAGUGUUGCCAGCGCUGGCUGUCAUCCCCGGAGCAAGAUGGACGUGGUCUGUGUCAUUGACCUGAUCACUGGUUCGGGCGCAGCGGGUGGCCGCUUGGCACAGCGCAAGGCAGCAUACGAGGAGAUCAAAAAGGCAUCCAACUGUGUUGGGGCCACGUUGCAUGAGCUGCCCUUCAAGAAGCUUGACUUUGGGGAGACUAAGGUGCUCGAUCUUUUCUACAAUGCGGACGUGGCCAUCGUUGACGUCUCCAUCCAGGACCAGCGCAAUCCUCUCUUUUACCAUCUGGGUGUGCGAGAAAGCUUUGGCAUGAAGCAGAACAUGAUCCUCUACAAUGACCACACUCCCGGAGAGGCAUACUCCAUAAAGAUUGCCUGUGCAAGCUACCCACUGACGACUUACAAGGUGAACGAUGCUGGUGUCUGCGUCGUCACUGAAACACCUGGGAUGGCCAUUGUUUCUGAGGAAACAGUGGAAUCCAAGCAGACCCUCCAUGCCAAGCUGAAAAAGUUCCUCCAAGACAUCGAAGUACAAACCAAAGCCCACAUGAAAGAAAAGUUCCUUGCUGACCUGCGGAAAGCACGCGAGAACUACACCGGUGAAGAACUAGCCAAGAUGUUACGGAAUUUCAGGAAACGACUUGACGACCCCAACAUCAUAUCCGGUGACGUUGUACUGAGCAUGCUCAUAUCCUUCAGAGACAUUCAGGAUUACGACGCAAUGGUAAAGCUGAUGGAUGACCUACAGACAGUGCCAAACAUGAAGUUUACAUCAACACCAGCCAUCCAGCAUUCUUAUGCAUUUGCCUUAAAUAGGCGCAACUUGCCGGGCGACCGUGAGCGUGCCCUGGAGGUGAUGACGUCUGCCCUGCAGAAGAAAGAGAACCAGGUGCCCGACAUCCUGUGCCUCUGCGGCCGCAUCUACAAGGACAAGUUUGUCGAGUCGGACUACACGGACCAGGAGAGCUUGAAAAACGCCAUCCACUGGUACCGCAAGGGAUUCGAGGUCCAACCUAAUGAGUACGCCGGUGUGAACCUGGCCACGCUGCUAGUGAUCGACGGGCAUGAGCUGUCUAAAUCGACUGAGCUGCAGCAGAUCAGCCUGCGCCUCAACAACCUCAUAGGGCUGAAGGGCUCACUGGACAACCUGGAGGACUAUUGGGAUGUGGCCACCUUCUUUGAGAUCAGCGUCCUGGCCGAGAACUACACCAAAGCCAUCCAGGCUGCCGAGUGCAUGUUCAAGCUGAAGCCACCCGACUGGUAUUUGAAGUCAACGUUCGGCAACAUCAAGCUCAUCAGCCGGUUCCGGAAAAGGCCCGAGGACGUUGAAUGCAGUGCUGAAGAGCAGGUGUUUGACUUUUGGGUGGAUUUCUUCGUCACCGCUUAUUCAUCCGACCUGGAGAACACCAUACGGUUUCCUAUUCUGAUAUUGGAACCGACUAAAGUGCUGAUGCCGAGCUACGUGACAGUCAACAUGGGGGCUGAAGAGAAGUCCCUUGAGAUCCGAAACCUCUGCAUUGACACGCUCAGGGGGAAUUGCCGCAGAAUUCACGAGUGGCUCUUCAACGCUUCCUCCAUCCGUAGUAUUAGCCAAUACAAGCGUGACGAGCGGUGCCUGUUCCUGUAUGUGCACCAGAACUCGGACGACUUCCAGAUGUAUUUCCCAACAGCAGCACUCAAGAACCGCUUCUACGACCUCGUCCUGGCCAUGACAGCAAACCAGGAAGGAGUGGUCAUGGAUAUUGACCUCGAUGAUGGGUCAGGCUGCAUUCAGUUCGAGUAUGAGACAGACGACCAGGGUCGACGCAUCGUCCUUGGCAAGGGCACAUACGGCGUGGUGUACGCAGCGCGUGACCUGACCACCCAGGUGAAGAUUGCCAUCAAAGAGAUCCCAGAGGAGAACUUGGGCGAAGUGCAGCCCUUGCAUGAAGAGAUCAAGCUGCACGCCCAGUUGCACCACCGAAAGAUAGUCCGCUACUACGGCUCCAUCAGCGAGGGUGGAUUUGUCAAGAUCUGCAUGGAGCGUGUGCCUGGAGGGAGCCUGUCACAGCUACUGCGGUCCAAGUGGGGUCCUUUGAACAACAACGAGCCGGCCAUUGCCUUCUACACCAAACAGAUCUUGGAAGGACUCAAGUACCUGCAUGACCAGCGGAUAGUGCACCGUGACAUCAAAGGUGACAACGUGCUUGUGAACACAUACAGCGGUGGCAUCAAGAUUACUGACUUCGGCACCUCGAAGCGCCUUGCUGGGAUGAACAUGGUCACAGGCACAUUCACAGGGACCUUCCAGUACAUGGCACCUGAAGUGAUCGACAAUGGCCAGAGGGGUUACGGGGCACCGGCUGACAUCUGGUCUCUGGGCUGCACGGUCGUGGAGAUGGCCACUGGCAAGACGCCCUUCAUUGAGCUUGGCACGCCACAGGCAGCCAUGUUUAAAGUGGGCUGUUUCAAGAUUCACCCUGAGAUCCCGGCGUCCUUGUCAGAGAAAGCCCAGAAGUUCAUAAAGAGGUGCUUUGAACCUGAUCCCGCCAAGCGAGCCACUGCUGCUGAACUUUUGGAAGACCCUUUCAUAACAGAUGGCGGGAGGAAAAAGAAAGCGCGGCCUGCCGCACCUGACUUCAGCCGAAGCAUAUCAGUUCCGGCCGAUCGAGUGCACAAGAUGGACAAGCCGGAACGGAUGUCUCGGUUUGCCAGCACUGGGGAGGAUGGAGAUGAGGAACUGCUCGAGUUAAACUCGGACAAAGGCUACAGUUCCUGCGAGGCUAGCCCGACCACCUUAGGCCAGGCAAAGAGGGUGCUCCCGAGGAUUCCCCGACCCGAGCGAUUUGACCUGUCCCAGAGGACGUCCUUUCUUCUUAGCUCCGCAACGGCCACAAGUCCGACGGACGCGAUCCCACGGUCACCCUCAACAUUUUCCUUUGGCUCUGAAACGUCGGAGGGCGGCAUGCGACGCUGCAGCUCUGGCCUCCUGAGCCCACCCGUGGACGGUUCGUCCGUGGACCAGGAGUCGGGCGGCUUCUACCUCCUCAAAAAGGAUUCGCAGCGACGGCAGACCAUUCUGCGCGUGCUCGAAGAAGACGGCAGCACGAUCUGUGACAUAUGGAUGAACAAGCUGCAGCAGGACAGUGGUGAUGACCUGGUCAUUACAAAGGAGCAACUUCUAGCCCUCAUUGAUGGCUUCAAGAACUACAUCCCAGAGCAGAAUAAGACUGGCCUCCAGCACAUUAUUGGAAAGUUGAAGCAAGAAGUCAACCACGACCACAAGGCCCUCAACCAGCUCGCAGUAGCCUUGUACCUUUUCCAGAGUGCAGUGAAUGAAGUGCUCCGGAACCAGAGUAUCAAACCACAUUGGAUGUUCGCCUUGGACGCUCUUGUCAUGAACGCGGCUCAAAUGGCCAGUGAAAUCCUGUCUUGUGGUCAGGAAGACCAAGAGGACAACGACAUCGAGGAUGCUGAGUCCACCUCAGGCGUGUCUACCAUCAACUCCAGCAAGUCCCGCAGUGUGGCUGCACAAAAGCAGCUGGCCCUCGGCCUCCCUUCGGAGGAGACCCAACGAGUCAUCGAUGCCAUCCAGAUGAGUGAGCAGCUGUACCAGGACUUGCUCAGAAAACUUCUGGACAGUCGCUCACAACAGCGAAGCUUUGUGGAGGGCUGCCUAAACCAGAACAGGUUCGUGCACCCGGGUAGCAGAGAGUCGAGCGUGACGAUAUCAGGUCCAUCGUCAUCCGUUCCUUCCGCCUCAGCUGGUGUCCAUAGGCCUGAUGUUCCUCGUGAUGAAGAUCUGAUGCACUGGCUACAAGACCUUGGCAUGGACACAGAGUGCAUGGAAAGGUUCGCCAGAGAACAGUUCACAAAAGAAGAUGUCCUGCAUUUGAUGACGAGAGAUGAUCUGCGAAGGCUUGGGCUCCGGCUAGGUCCCGAGCUUCGCAUUUGGAAAGCGAUACAGCAGCACCGGGAAGGUUUGUCCUGAGGAUAGACCGGUCUAGGAAACAUGGAUACUGCGUGAGAGCUUCUGGCAAAACACCCCAGUGCUGGUGAUGCGCCAACAAUGUCAGCGUGGCCAGCCAGGGCUAGGAGCCAGAAAAUGGCAAAUACGUCCACGGGGAGCGAUGGGUGUCGCGAUAGUGGGGCUGUGUAUUGCAGCAGCUGCCUUCCAACAAGCAAGCUACCUGAGUUCCGGUGGUUACAGCCUGUAGCCUUGGUACGAAAAUUUCCAGUGAGAAACCUGGCGCUAGUGGUGCAAGAACAGCAAGUAUAGGUGUUCAUUCAGAAUGGGAAUGACGAGCAUGUAGAUUUCUCUUCUUAACUGCACAGGUUUCGCAUGCCCUUGCGGUUUCUUGCGCCAACUCUCCUGAAGCCGAUAUUUGCCAUUACCUGAUAGGCUGCGCUGAUAUGAUCUAUAUAUUUACUCAUGUGAGGCUCGCUCACAUUUUUCUCAAUGAGAGUGGUUGGUUCUUUUGUAGGUCGGGUUUAUGGCCAUCUUCUGACAGAGUGUACUGCGCUACCACUGCUGUGAGGCAUUGUAAUUGAAAUUUAGCAUUUGCAAAACUUGGUGGCCUAGGAAGGAUGCAAGAGAUUGUAUACCUGCUGUGCCAUGUUGGACAUGGUAACGACACGAGCAGCAUUCAAGAACUGUUGUGCUCGUAUCAGUGCUGGCUUAGUCAUGUUAAGCAAGUGACGAGGCAAGUCGAGUCAGUCCACGUCAGUUGACUUUUUUGAACCCACCCCCGGUGUGCACAUAAACGUAGUCAAUUCAGAGAGUUGGGCCAUCACUGGCAAAGCUGAACUGUUCUUUGCAUUUGUACAAAAACACACAUGCUCAAGCACGCACACGAGAACGUGGUUUGGCAGACCACACAGUCAAAAGCUUGGUAUUGCUUCAAAGAAGACCUUUCGUCUCAUUUCUUUCUAUCGUUCUUUUAUGAGCAAAUUAAUAUGAAGCACUGGAAUGCAAUGGCAGAUGUACAGUGCCUUCUUAAACUGAUAGCUAUCAAAAUCUCUUCAGUGUGUCUUCAAGUUGGCUUUCUAGCAUAGCUGUAGUGCUGGAAACUACAUUGGUCAUUGUCAUAGCCUAGUCUGGGGUGUGAAGGAUGCAUUGGCAAGUCCUCGCAAAGUUCAAGAGCUGCACACAUGCGUCAAAUGUUAGAAUGAAUAAUCUGAGGGCAUCGUCGUCAUUUGAGCAAAUGUGCUUAUCAUCCCUCAUUUCUUUGGGCAGUGAGGCAUCACAGGAAAACCAACUUAUUGUCUUGUGAAGGGCAACAUUCAGCUGACUUCUGCUAGCAUUUUAUAAACGUAGUCGCCCCGGUCUUCUUCCUGGACUUACACAGGCACAAGAAGCAAGGUCGAUCAUUCAGAUUUGUCAACGGGGAUAAUGCAUUAUACUUAUAGUAGCACUUAUGAGGCACUACGCUGCACAUAGGCUAAUGCAUUGGGCCAGUACCUAAAUUAUGAGUUAGCCUCGGGCAAUCGCAUGAGAGCUCAAACUGAAAGCUCAUGAACAGUGGGCAUUUCGCUUUCACCAUAUCUCAUUUUUAAUGAUAGCUUGAAUGCAAACAUGAUACAUGUAAAAAAGGUUUCUUUUCUCAGCAUAUUUUUCUAAUUUUUCUUCAUGCACUGUGUCCUUUGUCGUACGUCUCAAAGUGAAUGACCUCCAAGUUCUUCAUGGUAAACUUUCGUACCAGCAACCUGGCUUUCAUAAUUUUCAUAAUCCAGUCUUGAAGCACCAGCCUCACUGCUUUUCUCUAGUGAUCCAAUGAUGCUUAAGAUGACAUGCUGGCCGGCCACUUGCAGCAUCUGUGCUUGAAGACCUACAAAUUAAUGGUCAUGGCUGCUAUGUGGCUCCUAAUAGAAUACGUUUAUUUUUUCUAAAUGUCCUUUUUCUUUUCCUGGCAUAAUUUGUCUCUGAGCAUACUGUGGUUCCUAAAGUAAAUCCAUACAUAGAAAGCCAGUCAACGCUGUGCAGAAGUCAUAACACUAGAACAGUCUUAUGUUUAAGGCUUCCAGGUUGAUGUCAGUCACAGUAUUAUGGUCAAUGAAAAACAGUGGUGUUGCUCAAGAGAAAAUGGGUGCUGAUGAUAGGUUUCUUUAAAGACCGUUGAAGCCAGAGGUUCAGCCCAACACCUACUAACAGGGCAUGUGACACGGGACAAGAAAUUAGAAAAUAUGUUCCUGAUCAACCCUGUUUAGAACUGAGAAUUGGGUAAUCGACCCUAUCUCUCGUUUUAGAUGUGAUAAGAACCUUUGCAAAGAAUGCAGCUUCACAGUGAUACCCGUUGCAUUGCGGUGAGGGGGAGGUGCUGGUGUGUCUUGGGGUGGCGGGGGGGGGGGGGGGGGGGGGCAAGUGCUCCUUUUGCACCCCCCUGCUGACGCCCAUGCAGUGAUAUGACGCCUUUCAAUUAUGAAUCUUGAAUAGAUGGUAGCGGCAGUUGCUGCAGACUUCUGUGAACUACCUUAAAAACCCAUUGAGCUGGAUGAUGUCAUGAAUCCACCAUGUGUAGGGUAAAACGGCACAAAGGCGGAAUGCAGCAGGACUCUGAAUUGCAUUCCGUCAAGUCGAGGCUUCAAUUAUGGGAGCUCGUCCUGAAAUGUUAUUUUUCAUUCUUUUCACCACUUGUCAUUGACUUGUAUUCCCCUUUUGUCAUUACAAUCAGUCACUCAGCGCAACGGAUUAAAAAAAAUGAAAAAUAUGAAAUUUGUUGCAAAAGGCAACUUGUGACCACACAAUGGCUGCGGCUGCAUGCACUAUUUUCUGGCACAAGUUUGGGACAAGCAGUCUUGUGCAUCUUUCACAACCUUUAGAGGUCAACAGCAACGAAAUUUUGCAACUAGUUUCAGACAGUGUAGAAGUAAACUAGACUGCCUGCAAAAUUUUACAUUUGAAAUACUAGUGGUUGCCUCAUCGAAAGCUCACAAGAAUAGACAAUGUUAUACCAAAACUCUUUCCCCACCAAAUAAACGGCGCCAUUACCACUCACCAGAAAUGAGGCAAUCCAGAAUGUUGAAAACCAUCAUGGCACCUGGACAUGACUUCCAAAAUCAGGCGCCGCUUAUGGCGUGCUGAUGGGAUGUGCAUCACAACCACUAAUUACUAGAUUGUCCAUCGUCUGCUUAGGUGCUACUUAAAGAUUGUUAAUUUAAAAAACAAAUAAUCUUCUAACUAAUGUUCGCCUGUCAUUGUCUCGCCAUGUCAAGCUAUGACUGUUCAACUCUGUAAAGGCUCAUCUGUUACCAUAACUUCCAUCAUUCUCUCCCUGUCAUAGCCACAUUCUUGUUUUGCAUCUACCAUAAAAUGGUCUUUUCUUCUGUUCUAUUUGCAUACUGCUCUUACAUUAACAUGGGUAUGGCGGUUUUGUAGAUUCCACAAGAAUGAAAGAAUGGGUAUUCCUUUUUUUGGUGCCCGAGGCUUUAGAGGUGCAUUAUUGGCACCAUUGCCACCGUCCUCGCACAGAGAUACACAUUACACUCACCCACUCUCCAUGUGCUUGCUCAGAAACAUCCUACAUCACUCGAGGUAACAUCUGUGCUCACAUUUGUCAUGUAGAUGUUUGGUUGCAUUUGUGAAUGUGCUGCUCAUUUUCCUGCACACAUGCACGACUGCUGGGAGAAGUGAAUGUUAGACGCAGUGCUAUGAUCACUGCCAACUUUCUGCAAACGUUUUGCAGUGCCUAGUUAAUUAUGGUGUGUUGCUUGUAAUCUUGACACGAACAUGAAAGCAGUAUUGUGUCUCCCUAAGUUUGGCAUGCAAAAGAGCGGUUCAUCUUUGGUGUCUGCAAUCGAACACCGAGUUAUAUCCGAAGGCGCAUGCUUUCUAAUGCCAACGGGUCGACACCGCAAAUAACGGUGGACUUUUCAAAUUUUCUGUACCUGCUUGCUCGCAUGUUGGAAGGCAGCUUGCUCUUGCGCGUCAGCCUCAGUUUCUUUUUUUUCUUUGUUGGAUCCACAGCUCAUGGGUGUAAUUUUGGUUUGCCGCUUAACAAACCAGGCUGAAGAGUGUGCCACAAAGUUUGCAUCACGAUGCAAGAGGUGUGAAAAGUGGCACUUCGUGCCCUGUUCCCAGUGUCAUAUAACUGCAUGAGUUAUGUCCAUGGCUGCACUAGUGUCUAUACUGUGAGAAGGCUUAGUGCAGCUUUACUGUAUGAGUGCUUAAUAUCAAAGAGCAGUGCAAUUGUUGUUUCUUCGUGUGUAGGUGUAACAUAGUGACGGGAACUUGUUUUCCCAUGCACAGGUGUGUGAAACGUUGCCCUCACAUAUAAUUUUGUAUGUGAUGUAUAGGGCAGCCGCAAAUACUGCAGAAUAAUGCACUAUGGAAGGCGGCAUCGUUUUUGACGUUUGCUGCAAGAUGCUGCCAUCUGUUCUUCUGGCUCUUGACAUUAGCAUCUUGCAUAACACCAAGUACAGUCUAUUCCUUUUGAGACGACAAAGAUUGAAGAAACCACGGAAAUCUGUUCCUCUUAGAAGUUUGGCCUAACGGAAGUGCACUGAACACGUGCUGAACAGAUUUCGCUGAACUGCUCAACAUACUUGGGAAUUCAGUUUAACAGGGUUUGUUUUAAAGAGAGCUCACUUUAGUGUUCAAGACAGGGUCACUUUAUGUUGCAUGCUCAUGUGCUGUUGCUAGGUGACGAAACUGGUCAUCUGAUGUGGCCCUUUUUUUAUUCCUGUCAUACUUCUACUUUCUUCUUGGGCUGCUUGAAGCUUCUUGUCACUUCUGCAGUACAAGUCAGCACGUUUUCUGUAUACAAACUGAAAAACUGUAGUGCUAUUGAAAAGCGCAGGUUUUGGUAUAGUUCAGAUGAAAGAAUUUGCCACAGGAAUGGGCAAAGUGCUUGGACUUGGCGAUCUUUUUGUCUCACCCUGAGAACUUAUUGCUCACUGUUUAAAAUGGUACUGUGUGCAUUCAGAAUUCAAGAGAAGUAAAACCUGUUAUGGCCAUGGGUUAUCUGUAGUUGAUCUGGGUGAAGCAUAAUGAACAGUGACCUCUUACUAUAUGUAGUUGCCAAUGGGUGGAGCAGCAAGUUCAUGACAAGCCAUUUGUAUUGAAGGAGAGCUCUUCCUUUGGUGGAGAAUUUAUUUAAUUAGAGCUGGAUAUUUGGUGAAGCGAAAGCUCUUUUGUGUGGUCAGUGUUCAUCUGUAACUGCAGAGGCGAUGAGGUUGUUUGAAGUCAUCGUAGUAGUAAUUCAGGAAGGAAAUGCCAAUCUGGUGGCUGUUGCUAUAGCAUUUCUGAAAGAUAAUUUAUGUGCCACAAUUUGAAGGCAUUUGAAACUCCAUGCUGUUCUGCUGCUGUGCCUCUGAAAUGGAAGCCUAUUUUCACAUUUUGUGUUCAACAUUGGCUGUUGGUUUCAACUUGAACUGUGGCCGUUACUAUAACGUUUUGUUAAACUAAUGACUUGAUAGCAUGACGGUAUACUGCAUGAUUGUGCUGCUAACAUGACACACACAGGAACACGGACACAUAAAAACGAAAUGGACACAGACCUUGCGCAACUCUGUGUCCAAUUCCUAUUUAAGGGCCGUGUCCAUUUUGUGUUCGUGCCCCUGUUUGCAUGCCAUGCUAGCAGCACAACCAUGCACCAUACAGUUAUGCCAUGUCAUCUAACCCCUGACGAAGCACUUGUGAAUUUUAAUUGCGUAUGUCCUGCAGUGAGGACUCUUAAGUAGGUAUAGACAGCAUCAUAUAUUGCACCCCACAUCCUAUACUACUCAUUUCCGAACAUGGCAAUACUUAACUGGCUCACAAAUGGACAUUUCUCUCAAAAUUUCCUACUGCAGUGGCAAAUUGUGGUUUUAUUUCUUGUUCCUGUCUUGUUUUUAUUUAUUGUUUUUUAUUUCCUUCAGUACAGAGGUGUGCUAUGUCGCUAAUACUGUAUUUAUUUGAUUACAAAGUGAGGGUGCAGUUGGGGGACCCCCUGCCCCCCCAGAAAAGUUAAGUAUUAACACUAGUAUAACGCAGUAUAGAGGAGCUGACGGAUUAUUUACACUCAACUGAGAUUGUCCAAAAUACUGUAUUACUAACACAGCCAAAACGCAAAAUGGCGACCAUCAUGAAACGGGGUGGAAGGGAGCUUCAACACACGGAGUGCGGGUUAUGCCCGAAUUUUUCCUUGUAAUAUGCGGCUUUACGGCAGCACGGUCUGCAAUGCCGUGAAGCCACACCAUAGGGGGAAAUUCGCGCUGCCGUGGAGCCACACCUAAAGGCAAAAUUCACAUAUAACCCGCACUCUGCUUUUUCUGUUCCUCCUAUAUAAGGCAGGGGUGAGCUCAUGGCUAAGGAUCCUAGGAAAAAAAUGUCGCCUCAUAGUCGGAUAAAUGCGGUAAAUAUAUUUCAGUAUAGUAGAAAUUUACCCUCUUGAUUGUGUCAAGAAAGCAUUCACGGAGGUAUUCAGAAGAAGUCUGUCUCAGGGGUGAUUAAAAUUUUGUUCCAUUUUUGAGCCACAACUUAAUUUAACGAAUGGUUUGCCCCCCUGAUGAAAGCACCUUUCUGAUGUUGUAUGCUCAAAUAAUACUACCGCAAUGCGGGCUUUCAGUUGAUGUGUUGAGGAAGAUAAAAAGGUGCAGUCGAUGCUGUUUAUGCCCCUGUGCAUGCAGUGUUUUAUUUUUAACACAUGCACAGCAUGCAGCAAGCAGGAAAAACAUUUGAACACUGUCAUAUUUGUGCAUAAACCUUGAUCAAAUGAAAGUAUGCAACCUCUUCUUGAAACAGUGUUGAAGGACAAAUUGUUCUGUUAGGUUGCCAUUAUAGCCAGGUUACGAUAAAAGGCAUUGCUUCCAGAGUUAAGUGUCUGGUAUUUUGGUAUCAUUUGGUGUUGUCUUUUUUUGUUCAGUUUGACCUUCCUUGCUGAAGCAGUAAUCUUCUGUCGUGGAAUAUCCUGACAUACAAUCGACUUGCAUUAAUUCAAACAUUUAGGGACAGCAGGUCUUUCUAACAAUUUUCCUAAUUCAAAUAAAGUAUAGUAUUUAUUGACUAUUGUACAAGCAUAUAAACCCACAAACCAGUGUACAAGAAUGAGUAUCUGGCCAUUUCUAGGUGCCGCGGUGCUGGAGGAGAGAGAAAUGCGUGCCAUGCAAAGGCUGGAUAUUCACACUGCAAACGCACCGCCGAGUCACUAGCACCUGCCAAAAUACACAGCUGCUUGAGCAUGAGGGCACACUUCCACUGUUUGUGCCUUAGAAAUGUCCCUUGACCAGCUGUUUCUUUUUCCAUGUUGCUCUGUGCAUGGAGCAGGUCAGACGUUGCCAUUGACCAAAAGCCUUGUUAAAAAAUUAAGUGGUUUCAAACUGCAUUGAAGACGUCAGUGAAUCCCAAAAAUGAGAAGUUUUGUGAAACUUUUAGCAGCUUCAAAUCAUGGACAACGCUGCCAGUAUUGCCCGGCUUAUUUUAUUUCAUUAAUUUCUCAUGACUGCCUCGUGCACUGUGAAACAGUGCAGUGAGGGCUGCACCACACUUCAGUGCAUUGAGCAAGGAAGGCUUCCGUAAAUGUAAUGAAGUACUUGCGAGGCACUGAAGGUCUUAUGCAGAAAGCAGACACGAUAGGAACACUAAGUGCAUCAAAGACUGCUGAAAAAAAUUUUGAGAUUUGUUCAAGUUUAGCUGCCAUUUUGAAUUAUCUGGGUUCGAAUUAUUUUGGGUCGACCCAUAGGUAAAGUACAGCCAGUGUGGGCUGUCACCAUUUUCUGUGGCAAGUGAGUAAAACAGCUUUUCUCCCAGCUCCAUUGUUCCCUCAAUCUUGUUCUCGCUCUUGUUGAACGAAAUUGGGCAUGAAUGUAUUCGCAUCUGACUGUACCAUGCCAGGUUUUGCUUCAAAGUCUGUCAAAGUGAAGUACAAAAAAAAACAAUAACCUUACAACCUCCAGCUGCUUGUUUAGUACUAAGUGUCUUGGGCAUCGCACGUCAGAAAUGUGCUAUUUUCUUGAUUACUUCACUUGUGUGCCAGCAAUUUCCCUACGGGAGUGAACAUAUAUGUUUUUACGUGAAAGUGCAUUUUUGUGCUUAAAGAAAAAGUGUACAUAGUAGGGAGAGUCAUUUGUAGAGUCAUCUGUGUCAUUUUGUUUCGUUGUAAUUAACUACUACUACUACUCGUUGUCAAGAGGCUGCUACAGACUUUUGUUAUAAAAGCCAAGUAUCUUUUGCAGGCUAGUUACAUAGCCAGUCAUCUUUUUUUUUUCUCCUGUUGCAUUAAUUUCGUGUCCAUAAUUGUGCUGUGUGUUAUUGCGUGUUGACGUUAUGCUUGUUACAUGUGUGGAAACUAUGUACAUACAUAAUUGUGCUUGUUCUCUUGGUGGAGCAGAGCUAUUUGCAACAGAUCUGGGCAUGCUAGGCUGACAAAAUGGCGGCUGUAUUUGUGCGCCUGUCAUAGCAGUGAAAAAAAAAUUGCUUAGGGAUCAACUGGAGAACAUGGUGCAACAUCAACAUGUAGAAUGGUAAAGUAGCUAGGACUGGUGGAAAGAUUCUGCGUAAGAGCCAUUACCUAAGGCAGAAACAUAAAAUGAAUAUCGAUGUCAUAUCCAGGGAGUGUAGUUUUGACAGUAGCCAUUGGUUGCAAAUUGCUUGUCGCGUCGUCUCGUAAAAAACCUGCGACAUUUGUCUGCGUCAAGUUCAUCAUUUGUCAAGACGUAGUCAAGCAAGACGUAAUGUAGUCAAGUCUUUGAUAGUAUGUGGCAAAGGUUUGAGAGUGAUGAGGGCGCCAACGGUGCAGUGAUUACUUGGCGCAUGCCACUAAGUCCAGCAAAAAUCUAUCUUUUUUGCAGUGGAGUCCAAAGAUUGUGCAGGCACCAAAAGUACAUUUAAAGUAAAUGAGAUUGUGCUGAAGAUUCGUAGAUUGUACGUAUCACAAUGAAUGAAAUUUGUGGUUACUUGCCUGUGUAACUUAACAAAGUUUGCAAUUAUCCAGCUGUCUUUUUACGUUUCGUGAAGUUAUUUACAUAAAAAAAGAGAAGACGCGCUAACCUACCGCCCUCCCCCCCCCCCCUCUCCUAGCAUGCUAUAAUCUCGCUGCUCCCCCCUUGUGCACGAGAGAAGUCAGUGUGCAUCCUCCCAGCGCGUGCGAGAAGAUGCCAUGCCUCGAGCAACCAUCCUUCUCGGUUUACCCUCGCAUGCUUUCCAUCGCACCUACAGCAUAUGGGACAUGGCUGCGCUCUUAAUGCACUUGGACUUUAUACAUGACUUUGCGGCGACGGAAGAUAUUCGCCUGGAGUGUCCGUAUAAUUUCUAUCACAGUGAGACAAGCGCAUCUCUAAUGGGCUCACAGAAAUAUUACAGUGGGUUGUGUCAUCAAGAUGCUAUGCAAAGGGCAUCUCAAGAUGCACUGCCAUGACGGGCGCACAGAUUUCUUCAGAACACUAUAGUUGACAAGUCCCGCCUUUUCCUUUUGUGUUUUUCUUUUCUGUGUUUUUUAAUGUUUUGACACUGCGUCCUUUUGCGCAGAGCAACUCCAAUAGAAUUGUUAAGCCGGUGCGUUGAGACAGUCAUUGUUGGUUUUGCACAGAUUUGUUGACUCUCUGUGCAAUAUUGUUAGUAGUGUUGAUGUUAGCUGAAGUUGAACAUUCUUCAGAGCAGUUAUUGUAGGUGAUUGUUGGUGCCCAGCAUUGCCACGGCAUAUUUCUUUGCAUUGUUGAAAUCGUUGUGCGCUUUUGAUUGUUGUUGGUCGCUGCGUGAUCUUUGUUCGCUGAUCUCUGUCGUGAGGCACACCUAAAAAGAAAAAAACGUACAUAGGUGUGUUAUGUACAGAAUAUUGGGAAAAUGCACGCUCGUUCAAUUUUCUCACGUGCUAGCAUACAUUAUAGUUGAUCAUGUGUUCACAAGUCCCACUUGCCUUCAUAAAUCUAAUUUUUUUGGUCAUGCUGUGACAAGAUUGUGUAAAAAUAUGUUGUCAAGAAUUUCGCGAUGAAUAUUAUCAGAGUGACAUAGCUGGGUGUGCUGAUGUGCGAGCUCUCUUGCAUUAGGAGUGUUUGGAAUGCUGUUCCCACUAGUGGAAUACUGUGGCUGAUUUUCUAAGUGAAAGGGAUCCUCGAGAAGAACGGCAAUAAAGGAUGUUAGUGUUCACAG